CAUUGUGAUAUUCAAAUAGUACAAAUAGUAAAUGUGUAGCUGCUUUUUAGACAAAAUCUUUAAAAUGUUCAUGAUGUACUUGCGACAUUUCUUUAUCCUGCUUGGUGUUGGUAUUGCGUGCGGUCAAAAAACAACUAACACCACGGAUGAGAAAAUUACAUCCGACCUGCAGAAUAGAGUGUUCUUACUUGAGAAAGCUAUUGGAAAAAUCCUUACUGGGAAUAAUGACGCAAAUCUUACAAAUAUCAGUGUCUUGAAGAUUCCAAGGGGAGGCUUUGGCAUUCCUAUCCUUAAUAGCACACCGAUAGCUUUCAGUGCAGCUCAGUCUGGACCAAUAAGUGGAAUAAGCAUUGGAUACAUUCUGAAGUUUGAUAAAGUUAUCACCAACCUAGGAAACCACUACAACCCAACAGACGGAAUCUUUAUCGCACCUGUUCAUGGACUCUAUAUGUUUCACUGGACCAUGAACUGUUAUAACAGCGGAAGUAAUCACUGUGGAACUUCUCUAAGGGUAAACAGCGCCCUAAAAGGUCGAAUAUAUUCGGGUGAGGAUGGUAGUGGUUUUUACCAUACCGGGUCAAACACGGUGAUUGUGGAAGUUCAGGCGGGACAGCAUGUGUGGAUUCAAACCAGUAACUGGGGAAAUGUCUACAUGAGACCAUGGUCCAGCUUCUCCGGUAGUCUUCUUUCCGUGAUGUAGACCCCAGCUUUAUGUUCCUGUAUUACUUAAACAUCCCGUGAUGUAGACCCUAGAUUUAUGUCCCUGUAUUACUUAAACAUUCCGUGAUGUAGAUUUAUGUCCCUGUAUUACUUAAACAUUCCGUGAUGUAGACCCUAGAUUUAUGUCCCCUGUAUUACUUAAACAUUCCGUGAUGUAGACCCUAGAUUUAUGUCCCCUGUAUUACUUAAACAUUCCGUGAUGUAGACCCUAGAUUUAUGUCCCCUGUAUUACUUAAACAUCCCGUGAUGUAGACCCUAGAUUUAUGUCCCCUGUAUUACUUAAACAUCCCGUGAUGUAGACCCUAGAUUUAUGUCCCCUGUAUUACUUAAACAUUCCGUGAUGUAGACCCUAGAUUUUUGUCCCUGUAUUACAUAAACAUUCCGUGAUAUAGAUUUAUGUCCCCUUUAUUACUUAAACAUUCCGUGAUGUAGAUUUAUGUCCCCUUUAUUACUUAAACAUCCCGUGAUGUAGACCCUAGAUUUAUGUCCCCUGUAUUACUUAAACAUUCCGUGAUAUAGAUUUAUGUCCCUGUAUUACUUAAACAUUCCGUGAUGUAGACCCUAGAUUUAUGUCCCUGUAUUACUUAAACAUUCCGUGAUAUAGAUUUAUGUCCCCUUUAUUACUUAAACAUUCCGUGAUGUAGAUUUAUGUCCCCUUUAUUACUUAAACAUCCCGUGAUGUAGACCCUAGAUUUAUGUCCCCUGUAUUACUUAAACAUCCCGUGAUGUAGACCCUAGAUUUAUGUCCCCUGUAUUACUUAAACAUUCCGUGAUGUAGACCCUAGAUUUUUGUCCCUGUAUUACAUAAACAUUCCGUGAUAUAGAUUUAUGUCCCCUUUAUUACUUAAACAUUCCGUGAUGUAGAUUUAUGUCCCCUUUAUUACUUAAACAUCCCGUGAUGUAGACCCUAGAUUUAUGUCCCCUGUAUUACUUAAACAUUCCGUGAUAUAGAUUUAUGUCCCUGUAUUACUUAAACAUUCCGUGAUGUAGACCAUAGAUUUAUGUCCCUGUAUUACUUAAACAUUCCGUGAUAUAGAUUUAUGUCCCCUUUAUUACUUAAACAUUCCGUGAUGUAGAUUUAUGUCCCCUUUAUUACUUAAACAUCCCGUGAUGUAGACCCUAGAUUUAUGUCUCCUAUAUCACUUAACCAUUCCAUGAUGUAGACCCUAAAUUUAUGUCCCCUGUAUUACUUAAACAUUCCGUGAUGUAGCCCCAUAUUUAUAUAAACAUUCCGUGAUGUAGCCCCAUAUUUAUAUAAACAUUGCGUGAUGUAGACCCUAGAUUUAUGUCCCUGUAUUACUUAAACAUUCCGUGAUGUAGACACUAGAUUUAUGUCCCUGUAUUACUUAAACAUUCCGUGAUGUAGACACUAGAUUUAUGUCCCUGUAUUACUUAAACAUUCCGUGAUGUAGACACUAGAUUUAUAUCCCCUGUAUUACUUAAACAGUCCGUGAUGUAGAUUUAUGUCCCUGUAUUACUUAAACAUUGAAGUGUGCUUUUGUUGUUAUUACUGAUUGCUCUUUUAAGUCAAACGCCAACAUUGGAGGGAUACUUAGUAACAGGCAGAAGCGCGUCAUUCAAAGAAUAAGGACGAUUUAAGGUUUGGAAACAUCUUGUUAAAUUCAGAACAACAAACCACCAUUUUUCUAUAGAAGUAGGUAGGCGAUAUGGAAUUCCAGCAAUUGAUAGAAAUUGCACACUCUGCAAUACUGGUAAUUUACAAGUAGUCGACAAAUACCACUUUAUUUUGGAAUGUAAAUUCCUAUCCAUUUUACGAAAGAAUAUUUGGCUUCUAGAUAUUGUGAUGUUCCAAAUACACCGAAAUUUAGAGAAUUAAUGAGAACAUUAAACUUUAAAACAUUAAAAAAAACUAUGUAUAUUUAUUUCUAAAAUCCAGGAGUUAGUCUGCUGUCCUCUCUAACAUGUAUAUUUACAGAAUUCCCCAAUCUCUUUAUAAGUACUGUGCCCCCACCUCUAUUUCGUGCUGAUGAACAUAUAUGUGUAUGUAUUAUUUAUAUAAUUGUACCCAUGGCAAUAUCGUUUAUAUAAUUAUAGAAUUACUGUUUAUUUAUGUACCUCAUGAACCAGUGUGAAAGGUUUGAGUGAAUAAAUAAAUCAAAUUCAGCUUG